AAAAAAAUAAAAUAAAAUUAAAGGUUGGCCGUUAACAUUCUUCCUCCGAAGCUCAAUCAGAAUCUCAAUGGCUCUCUCUCGUCUCCAUUCAAAAUCCUCCGCUCUCCUUCCUCCAAACUCUCAUCUCCUCCUCUCUCCUCCCUCAUUCUCUCUCUUCCACAAUUCCCCAAUUCAACAAACCCACCAGACCCAUUUAAAGAACAGCUCGAUUCCAUUGAUAAUAAAAUCAUGCAGCUCAAAAACCCAUCUCCUCCAAAUCCACGCCCAACUCCUUCGAGCCUCUCUCUUCCAAGACCCAUCACUCUCCUACGCCUUCUUAUCUCGUGCCCCUCUUCAUGACAACAUCGACUACCCUCGCCACGUAUUCGAGCAGAUCGAAAACCCAAACGUAUAUCACUACAAUUCUAUGCUCAAGUCCUACUCACAGAGCAGUAUGCCUUCUGAACGAGCCGUUUUCUUGUAUAGAGACAUGUAUCGAUGCGGCAUCCUGCCUAAUGCUUUCUCUUGCUCAUUCGUUCUCAAGACUUGCACCAAGUUCUCAUCUAUUUCCUGUGGGAAACAGGUUCAUGCUAAGAUUUUGCGAGAUGGGCAUCACUCAGAUUCUUUGCUGCUUACCUCUUUGAUGGGUUUGUACGCAGUGUGUGGAGACACUGGUGACGCCACUCGGGUGUUCGCUGAAAUGCCUGAAAGAGACACCGUAGCGUGGAAUGUCUUGAUUUCUUGCUACACGAACAACCAUCGUGGCAAGGAUGCGAUGAAGCUGUUUGAUGUGAUGCAAGAACCGUGUCAUGGGUCGGAGCCGGAUGACGUCACUUGCUUGCUUCUACUUCAGGUGUGCGCUCACUUGGGUGCGCUUAAUUUUGGGGAGCGAAUACAUGAGUACAUCCGGGACAAAGAUUAUUCUGGUGCGUUAAACCUUAGGAAUUCUCUUAUAGCAAUGUACUCGAGGUGCGGGUCUGUUGAUAAGGCUUAUAGUGUGUUUUGCAAUACGCAAGACAAGAAUGUGGUCACAUGGAGUGCAAUGAUUUCAGGUCUGGCGAUGAAUGGGUAUGGGAAGGAUGCUAUCGAAGCUUUUUUAGAGAUGCGUAGAGUGGGUGUCGCUCCCGAUGAGCAGACCUUCACUGGGGUGCUAUCUGCUUGUAGUCAUAGUAGGCUAGUCGAUGAUGGAUUAAAGUUCUUUAAUAUGAUGAAAUAUGACUAUGGAUUGGUACCUAAUGUGUGUCAUUAUGGGUGCAUUGUUGAUCUAUUGAGUCGUGCAGGGUUGCUGGAUGGGGCAUACCAAUUUAUAGUGAGUGAAAUGGGGGUUGAGCCGGAUGCCACAAUUUGGAGGACUUUGCUUGGGGCUUGUAGAAUUUAUGGCCAUGUUGAGCUUGGUGAACGGGUGAUUGGGCACCUGAUUGAGUUGAAAGCACAGCAAGCUGGGGAUUACGUGUUGCUACUCAAUAUCUAUGCUUCAGUGGGUAAUUGGGACAAGGUAGCAGAUGUGAGGAGGUUGAUGAAGGAUAAGGGAAUUCAAACAACUCCAGGGUGCAGUACAAUGGAACUGAAGGGGGAGGUUCAUGAGUUUAUUGUCGAUGAUGAUUCACACCCGAGAAAGGCUGAGAUUUAUAAGAUGCUUGAUGAGAUUAGCCAACAAUUAAAAAUUGCCGGCUAUGUUGCAAAUAUGUCAUCUGAGUUGCAUAAUAUGGAUGUGGAAGAGAAGGAGAGUGCCCUAUCAUUUCAUAGUGAAAAGCUGGCAAUUGCUUUUGGGAUUCUUGCAACUCCUCCUGGGACAUCAGUUAGAAUUGCAAAUAACCUUCGAAUUUGUGUUGAUUGCCAUACCUUCGCAAAGGUAUUAUCCAGUGUUUACAAUAGGUUGAUUAUCAUUAGAGAUCGCAGCCGUUUCCACCAUUUCCGAGAUGGUCACUGUUCUUGUAAUGAUUACUGGUAGGGCAGAUUCAAUGUUCGCCUCAAGUGUUCAAACCAUGGAGUUUUAGACAUGGAUUUCAUCUAUGACAUGCUUAAUUGCGCUAAUUAUGGAAUAUUUAAGAGAUACAUCAGUAUAUAUAUUGGAACCCACAUAAAGAAGAUGAGGUCGAUACCAAGUACCUACCGAGAGAAUAAAACUCCAGAAUGUCACCUGACAGAUGUUCACAGAUCAGGAUGAAACUGUUCAUUGUGCAGCAUGCCGAUCAAGGGCAAGGCUUGCAAACAUAUAUGAUUACUACUCGGAACGAAUGAUGGUUGGAGUUACAGGACUCAAAGGUCAUGGAAAACCCUAUAUAUAAGAAGAGGAGCUCUCUUUGAUUCUUACAUUACAUAUAAAAGGAAAGUGAAAAGAAAUAGCUUUUUGGAGUCAGAGAGGAGAAGAAGUUUCAGCUAAAGGUUUGAUCGAGGAAUAGAUUCUUGAAGUACUAUUCUCCAAAGUGUUGUCAGAAUUCUAAAG